GUUUCAAAGCCACUGAUCUACAGUGUUGAAUCACUUCCCUAAUGCCUAGUUCUUUUUGCAAGUUUAGAUCCUGGGUUGGGGUAAUAUUUCAGUGAUCCUUCACCCAGUUGUCAAGAUUUCAACAACACAGCUGUAAUUUCACAAGAACUUUCUCCGCUUUUAUUCUGUGCUCCUAAUCCCCAGGUGUUUUCCUUAAAUCACACAGAGACACUCUGCCUCGGCUGUCGUCUGGGAAGGUGACUGACCUGACCGCAGCUCCAUUCCCUCUUUGUCCAUAUAGCACAGAAGUCAAGGGUGUAAACUAAAACCGGUACCUGCCAGGCAACCUGAGUAGUAGGAAGAACACAUAGUUUAUAUAUUUACAGAGCUCAUAAAUAGUUAUGUACAUGCCAUGUGAUUUAGGGAUGGGCCUAAUGCCCCACCCUGCUGAGGGAGGUGUCACUGAAGGCUUUCUACAAGAUAAAAGAGAGAGAGAGAUCUUCGCCCCAGUAAGAAAAAGAAGCUGGAGAAGCAGAUUGACACACACCCCUUACUCACUCUUUGCAAUACGCCACCCAUUUCCUCAGCUGCCUUCCUGCUCUUUUAAAGAGGCCCAGCUGGGAGGGCAAAAGAGGAAAGAAAAACGUUCUCACGUGAAGAAAGGAGACAAUACUAUUUGGGGGGAAAGAUCGUGAAAUCUAAGAAGGGGUAGCUCUCUGUUUUUACACUCGCAACUUCCAACUUGGAUGUUUGGAUGUGCCCUUAAACGGUGAAGACGGGAAGCUGCUGGCGUUUCUUCUCUUGCUGGGAGCCCUGGCAAAGGAGCUUGCAAUCAGUUACCUGGGGAUGACCACAGGAGGGAAGACCUCAUGGCUGAGGCUGGUCCAAAGCAUCCAAGUUUGAUCCCCAUUCUUGCCGCUGCCCAGCUUUCUCGCAUUGACUGCCACGCUUACCAUUCCCUCUGCCAUGUUAUCCGCGUCACACUGGAAGAGCCUCCGUCAAACGUUAAUGGUGCUGUUCACCGCCACGCUUCUCAUUGGAAUAACCAUGCUGGCCCUCUCCACUGACAUCAACCCUGUUGGAUUUUUCUUCAUUGCAGUAGGGGGUCUGUGUUUGCUUGGCUACCUCAUUAGUUUGGCAACGGAGUUCUACCUGAAGCAACGCAAUCCAGCGGAAGAAAAUAAUCCAGGCUCGCGGAGGCAAAGUCAGGCUGGCAUAGACAACGAGGCCUAUGAGGCACCGGCAUAUGAGGAGGUGGUGACUACUGGCUACUUAUCGGGACCAACCAUCUGGACCAUCACCUCCAGCCCAGGGACAACCCCAGUGGAGCCCCCUCCGUACAGCGUGGUCAUUGAGCCUCCUGCCCACGGAGAAACUGUGGUCGAAGCGUUCAGUGUUUCGGUGGCACCAGGCACACGGCGUGCCUCGGAGGCAGAUCUACAGUCCCGGUUCCGCCUCAGGUUGCUUAUGCCGCCAAAACUGCAGCGAUUUGUCUCGGAUACCCAUGAACUCAAAGGUGUUGAAGAGCGGGCAGAACGUCCGGAGCCCCUCACACCCCCUCCUGCUUAUGAGAACGCGACUGUGGAGGAGGUCCUUGAAGAAGAAUUUCAGCCCUCCAGGCUAUGAGAACGGAGCACCGUGGACAUUUUUCGUCAGACUUUCUUCGGUGGUCGUCCUGUUGCAAUCCAUGCGAUAUGAGAAACAUGGCCUGUGUGCAAGAUGUUAGCUGCUGUACCCGCUUUUUAAGAACUCUCCUGAGUAAUGUGCACAUACAGGUCUGAAUUUCUCAUGGGAAAUACAAAUAUACAGUAUAUAAAAAAACGAACUUGUGUUUUCUGACGUUUCCAGAAUGUUCUUGGACUUAUAGUGUAGACUGCUUGGAAGCUGGCUUUAAAGAAGGCUGCACUGAUUGGUGUAAUGAUUGCUGCUCCUUUUUU